AUGAUGGAUUUUGAUGAGCGUGUUCCUUGUUCCUCUAACAUGUAUUUGCCAAGUUGUACUUACUACGUCUCGGGUCCUGAUUUUUCCAGCCUCCCUUCUUUUUUGCCCCAGACCCCGUCUUCUCGCCCUAUGACAUACUCCUACUCCUCCAACCUACCCCAGGUCCAACCUGUGAGAGAAGUUACCUUCAGGGAAUAUGCCAUUGAUCCCUCCAGUAAAUGGCACCCCAGGAACAAUCUGCCCCACUGCUACUCCGCAGAGGAGAUCAUGCACAGAGACUGCUUGCCUGCCACCAACACUGCUAGCAUGGGCGAGAUGUUCGGCAAAAACACAGCUAACGUCUACCACCCCAGCACCAACGUCUCCUCCAAUUUCUAUAGCACGGUGGGCAGGAACGGGGUCCUACCCCAGGCUUUCGACCAGUUUUUCGAGACGGCUUAUGGUACGGCGGAAAACCUGUCCUCGGCGGACUACCCGGUAGACAAGAAUGGCGAGAAGGCGCCUGCGGCCGCCGGGGCGGCGGCGGCGGCAACUUCAAGUUCGGAGGGCGGCUGCGGCAGGGCGGCGGCGGCGGCAGCGGAGAAGGAGAGGCGGAGGCGGCCGGAGAGCAGCAGCAGCCCCGAGUCAUCUUCCGGCAACAAUGAGGAGAAAUCCGGCAGCUCCAGUGGACAACGUACCCGUAAAAAGAGAUGCCCAUACACCAAAUAUCAAAUUAGAGAGUUAGAAAGGGAAUUCUUCUUCAGUGUCUACAUAAACAAAGAGAAACGCCUCCAGCUCUCUCGAAUGCUCAAUCUGACCGACCGCCAAGUGAAAAUAUGGUUUCAGAACAGAAGAAUGAAAGAAAAAAAAAUUAACAGGGACCGAUUACAAUAUUACUCAGCUAAUCCACUACUUUAAAACUCAUAACAUUUUUCAAAACUAGAUUAAAUUCAGAUUUCACCCUUGACAAGGUCGAGUCACAGGGUUACAUGGAGGAAGGAGGUGUGUAUCU